UUAUCUCUGCUCUCCAAUUAAUUUUUCUGGAUUCGAAAAAAAGUACUAAUUCUCAGAAGAUUUUUUUAACCCUUGUAGAAUCACCACACAUGCAUUAAAAACGACGUUGCUUUUUAUCUUAUUUCGUCCCUCAAGCUCAACUAGUGAUUACAUAUUCAAAUCAUUCAAUUAUUAUAAAUUUUGUUCCAACCAAACCGCUUUUUGAUCGAAGAGUGUUCAAGACUCCUUGGAUUGGUUUAGUAAAAAAUCAGGAUAAUGCUAUCCUUGCGCUUACCUAUUCCGAGCGAGAACGCUCUUGCUCCACUUAAAACGAAGCCCUCGCGCUUUCUCAAUCCCCGCACCCAAACACACCUCUACUGUUUGCCUUCUGCUGCGCCUAAGCCCCAAGCCAAGCUACAGAUUCCCCGGGCAACCACCGCGGAUGUGGCUCGAAAAGAUUUGGAAGAGGAGGAGCCGCUGCCGGAGGGGCUCCGGCGAGAGUUGAUGCCGAAGCACGUGGCUGUGAUUAUGGAUGGGAAUGGGAGGUGGGCCAAGCAGAGGGGUUUGCCUCCCGGGGAGGGUCACAAGGCGGGUGUGGAGUCUUUGAGAGCUGUCAUAGAGAUUUCUGCGAGAUAUGGGAUCAAGGUUCUCACUGUUUUCGCUUUUUCUUACGAUAAUUGGAUUCGACCCAAGGUGGAGGUUGAGUUUUUGAUGAGUUUAUUUGAAGAGGUGAUAAAGUCAGAAUUGGACAAUUUUGCAAGAGAAGGUAUUCGAGUAUCAGUGAUUGGUGAUUCGACUAAGCUUCCCAUAUCGCUGCAGAAACUGAUAGCUGAUGCAGAGGAGAAAACAAAAGAAAACUCAAUAUUCCAACUCAUUGUUGCUGUUAGUUACAGUGGUAAAUACGAUGUAUUGCAAGCUUGUAAAAGUAUUGCUCAAAAAGCGAAAGAUGGCCUUGUUCAAGUGGAAGACAUAGACGAGAGCUUGAUUGAACAAGAGCUAGAAACAAACUGCACUGAGUUUCCAUACCCUGAUCUACUUAUACGAACCAGUGGUGAGCUUAGAGUUAGCAACUUCUUGUUGUGGCAGUUGGCCUAUACCGAGCUUUUCUUUGCACCAGAAUUCUGGCCUGAUUUUGGAAAAGAUGGUUUUGUAGAGGCUUUAGUUUCAUUUCAGCAACGCCAAAGGCGCUAUGGUGGACGAAAUACAUAAGGUGAUGAUCACCAGUUAAAAAAAUCCUUUAUAACUUCAUCACAUUAUUGAUGGAGCAUUGUACUAUUAUGCAAAGAAAUUUUCAGCCUAAAAAGAAUCAGGAAUAGCAGGUGCUGAAUUUUCAUAUUAGACGAAUCAGCAUUUAGCUAUUACCAUCUCUGUAUCAAUAUUUGUAUAUAAAAAUGAAAAUUAUACACAUGUAUUAUCCAAGCAUGAUUUGAACAUUUUAGUCAUAGCAAUUUUCAUGUA